GGCGCCCAUUGGCGGCUGCCACCGUUUCCCCCCCGCCCCGCGGCCAAUGGCCCGGGUACGGGGGGGGUUGGGGGGGCGUUGCCCGCCAUUGACAGCCCCUCGCGGCCGUGUUUACCGGGGGCGGGGCGGCGGCGGCGGCGGCGGCUAUAAGAGAGGCACCGGGGGGCGCGGGGCGGGCGGUUCCCGGGGCUGCCCGCACCGCCCCCGCGCACCCCCGGCCCCUCCGCCGCCACCGCAGCAUCACCGGAGCACCGGAGGAACCCAACGGAGCAGCAGCCCCGGUCGGCGGGGCCGGUGCGGAGCCUCCCGGAGCAUCCCCGGUCCUGUCCGGGGCAUCCCGGUUCCGAACCGGAGCAUCCCCGGUCAGCAGUGCCGAGCAACCGGGAGCAUCCCCGGUGCGAUCCGGAGCAUCCCGGAGCAUCCCGGCCCCGGUGCGGCUCCUCCCGGAGCCCCCCCCUCCCCAUCCCCGCGGCUCCCCGAGCUCCCACCGGCUCCCGGUUCCUCCCCGCCGUGCGCCCCCGGGCCCCUCCGCGGCCCCCUGCGCCCCGCCCCACCGCCGCCGCCGCCGCCUCCCGUUCGGCACAAUGGGGGCGUAGCGGCCGGCGGGGGGGCGGCGGCGGCGGCGGCGGUGGGCGAGGAAGCAGCGGCGGAGGCGGUGUCGGUGGUGUCGGAGGAGCAGCACCGGGGACCCCGGUGGCGGUGUCGGCGGGCAGCAUGGUGCAGCGAACCCCCCGGAACCGGGGCGCGGAGGGGCGUCGGGAGCCGUGCCCCCCGGUACCGGGUGGGACGUCGGAACCGGGUUGGUGCAAGACCCCCAGCGGGCACAUCAAGCGGCCCAUGAACGCCUUCAUGGUGUGGUCCCAGCACGAACGCCGCAAGAUCAUGGACCAGUGGCCCGACAUGCACAACGCCGAAAUCUCCAAGCGCUUGGGGCGCCGCUGGCAGCUCCUGCACGACUCCGAGAAGAUCCCUUUUGUCCGCGAGGCCGAGCGCCUGCGCCUCAAGCACAUGGCCGAUUACCCCGACUACAAGUACCGGCCGCGGAAAAAGGGCAAGGAGCCCGACGGCGAGGUGGCCACCGAGGACUCUCCCGGCACGGCCGCGGUGCCCACCGGUGAGCGCAGCCCCACGGAGCCCCCCGCGCCCCCCAGCCCCGCCGCUGUCACCGAUGUCACCGUCACCACCGGUGCUGAACCGGGGACGUCUCCGGAGAGCGGGAUGCCCUCGCCCAUGCCGGCCAGCUCGCCGCCCUCCUCCUUCAGCUCCUCCGACGAGGAGCUGGAGGAAGAGCUGCCGGGGGGCGUCGUGGCCGGCCGGGCCCCCCCCCCUGCCACCACCACCAGCACGGCGUGCGGUACCGUGGACUGGUGCGGCUUCGACAAGGACCUGGACCUGUUCCCGCGGGGAAGCUCCUCGCACUUCGAGUUCCCGGACUAUUGCACGCCCGAGGUGACGGAGAUGAUCGCGGGGGACUGGCUCAUGUCCAGCAUCUCGGACUUGGUUUUUACCUACUGAGUCCCCGCGCUCUGCAGGUAAAUCUCUCUUUUUUUUUUUUUUUUACCCACAAUCAGGUCAUAUAUAAAAAAAAAUAACAGGAAGAAAAAAAAAAAACAAAAACACAAAACCAGCUGUUUACAUGCAGGAAUCAGGUAUUUUGCCUUGAAGCCGCUGGAAGGCAGAGCUCCCUGCUCCCCCCAUCCCCCCGGCACACACCCACUCCUCUUCCUCCCUCUCCUCCUCUUCCUCCUCCUCCUCCUCCUCCUCCUCCUCCCGCCGUGGUGCAGGGCUGCAGCCCCGCUGCUCCUCGCCCCGCGACCCCUCACCCUGGGCCCUGUGGCUCUCCGCCGUGUCCCCCUGCCCGUGACAGGCGAGGGUCCGACGGGGGUUUCAUUGUCACCGAGCUGCUCCCGGUGCUCCCGUCUCCCUCUCGGGCAGCGGGAGCACCCACGCCAGCCUUGGUCCCACCCAUCCCUCGACCCCCGCCGUGCACCCCCCGGGGAACAGCCCGUUUUGAUUUCUUAUUUUGCUUUUUUGGCUGCAUUUAAAGCACGUCUUCAAUUUUCUCCUCCUCGUAGCAGCCCUUGGGGAGGGCUCCCGGCGGCCACGCCGCGCCCGGUGCUUUCCGGGCUGGCAGAGCCCACUCAGAGCAGGGCCCUCCUUGGGGUUCCCCGUUCAUGGGGGUUCCCCAAUUUUGGGUUUUGGGGGUCCCGCGGGGCCGGCGCUCUCCCUGCGAUUUGGCCGCGGCGCGCGCGGCUCCCCGCCGCUGAGUUUGGGGAAGGGCGAAGUUGCACGCACGUGAUCCGCACGUGGAGCGGGGAGGCUGAGUUUCUCCUCUCUCCAGACAUCCGUGCAGAGGCGCCCGUGCCGCGGGGGGGAAGAACCCGUGCCCGGAGCCACCCCGCGCCCCUGGUGCCAGCGACGAGCCCAGGCCGGGGCCAAGCCGUACCCGGGGCAGCCCCAGUUGGGAUUUAGCACCCGUGGGGGCACCUUUGGGCACAGGGAGCGAGCCUGCGGCUCCAAGCAGAGCCUGAUCCCACCGUGCCCGGCCACCGUGUGCCGUGCCAGCAGGGAGCACGCAGCCAGGGCUGUGGGAAGAGCUUCUGCGGGAGAUCUGCCUUAAACCAGCACCCGAAACGGGGCCGCCGGCAGCGGUGAGGUUGGGUUUGUGGGGUGCGGGCAGCUCCGGCGCGGCGACGCUCCGCGAUGGAUGCGCCUUGGGGUCCGGCCGUGCCGCCAAGCGUGGGCUUCACCGCAGAGCACCGCCGCCGCCGCCGAGCUUCCCAGCAGGGCAGGUCCUGCCGCAGAGGCUCCCCCAGCCGGGUUUUUUUUCUUUGCUGUUCCUAAUGGCUCCUUUCCGCAGCGAUCCGCCUCCUGCCGCUGCCUGCGAGCACGUGGCCGCGGUGCCGGCGGGCGGCAAGGGUGGGCAGGGGGCUGCAUAGGGCAAGGGGGGGCUGUGCUCAGGGAGGGCUGAGAUGUUUGGGGUGGUGGCGGUGGGGACUCCGGGUGCUCAAACCCACAGGGACGGGGGCUGGCAGCACCCGGAGGAGCCGCAUGGGGCUUUGAGCCCUGUCCCACAGCGGCACGGCAGGGACCAAGGCGUGAAGCAGCCUCUCGGGUCCCCAAAUCCCAAGGGGGGCUCUGGGGCGUUUGGGAGCCCCCCUGGCCCUACUGGGGCAGCCGGGUUCCCUCCCCACUUUGGGGCUCCUUCCCCCUUUUGGGGCUCCCUCUCCCUUUUGGGGCUCCCUCCCCACUUAGGGGCUCCCCCAUCCUCCAGCUUUGUGCAGCUCAGCCCCCCGGCGUCCCCCUCCAUGGGGAGCGAUGGGGGGCUGCUCACAGACCCCCCCCCCCACAUCCCCAUCACGGGUGGGCACGGGCACGGCCCCACAGCAUGGGAGGAGCCGCAGGGAGCGCCGCGGCCCCGUUCCCUGCUCAAGGGCGCCCGGUGUCCUCCAGCCCCGGUGCCGGGUGGCUACGGGGGGGUGUGUGUGGGGGGGCUCUGCUCCAGCCACCCCCCCCCGUGAGCCUCCCCCGGCCGUCAGCAUUCUCGAUGUGUAGGUGUGUAGAGGUAGCCGUGCGUGUGUGUGUGUCUGGCGUCGCGUUACCCACGGUGUUUAGGUGCCCCCCAGGCGGGCGGGCACCGCGCCCCAGCCGCGUGUUCCCCGUGUAGAGCGCGUCCCUGUCCCCCCCCCACCCCCCAAAUUCCCCACCAGCCCCGGGUAUCCUCAUCCAGGCCGUUCCCAGCAAAGCCAAAUAUUGGGGGGGGGGGGGGCAGCGGCGCCCCCAGCCCGCUCCUACCCCCCCAAAAUGAGUUUGGGGUUCGUGGGCACCCACGGCUCCGCUCAAGGGCUUCCCGGCGCACCGCUCUCGCCCAGCACCUCGCUGCCUUCUCAGGGUGCUCGUGCCCUGCCCGGAGCCCCCAAAUUCCCCUCCCGUGGCGGAGCUGAAGCCCCCCCAGUACCGGCAGGGCUCGGUGAGGGGCUGGCAUCCCGCGUCUGCUCACCCCAAGGAUUGGGGGGGCCACAUCCCCGGGGCGCUGCCGGGCGUUUCCUCAGGAGCAGGCUCUGGCUCCGCGCCGCGAGCCGGAGCCCGGCCUCAAGCACAACACCGUUUGCUUCUUCUUCGUCCCCCCUUCCUCUGCCUCGUGGGGUGCGUCUGGGGGGGCGAGCGGCGCGUCGUGGCCGUGGGUGGUGGGUUUUUUAUUUUCUGUGCCGUGUGGUUGUAGUGCUUGUAGAGCCCCCGCGUCCGUCCCGCCGAGCUCCCCCCCCCCCCCAGCUGCCCGGUGCUGGGCUGGCGCGCGCGUGUGCGAGCGAGUGUGCCUGCGCCAUCCCUCAUCACUAUAAUAAUAAUAAAUAAUAAUAAAUUAAUAAUAAUAAUAAUAAAAAAUAAAAAAA